AUGGGCAAUCUCUUGAAAACGGACCUUAACCAGACUCCACCCGAAAACGCAGAAUUCCUCACGCCCGUCAAUUUCGACGACUUCCAUAACAGCAUCAUGACGGAAUCAAGCCUCAAUCAGUUUCCCUUGCCCCGAAACGGGGGCACUGUUUCAGGCCUUCCUCCACUUAAUUCCGCCCCGACUAAGUGUGACGAGAACGGGAUGUCUAGACGGUUGAGGAGCAACUCUAUCAGGAGGAAAAGUGUGACCAUUAAUAACCCUCCGAGCGACUCGAUGCCCUCCCGACCGCCAACAUUGGCUACAGCUGCUCGGAGUCGUCGUCCAAGUCUCGCCCAACCGUCAAAUGCAAACAACGCUGCUCCACGAACUUCGCGUAAAUCCAUAGGACAAGCCUCCGUCGAGGGAACCUCGCGAAACCUUUCUGACGACCUCCGGGUCUGUGGAUCAUUCCAGAUCUUCCUCAACCAAUGCCGUCCGAACGCCAGUCAAGAAUGCACAAGCACCGCUUACGACCCCAUCUUCUACAUCAAAGAGGGUUUCUGUAAUGCCUCCGCACGCGACAGGCCUAGGGGCUCGUACCAUAAGUCCGACGGACGCACGACGGCUGAAGCGUAUGUCAACGGCACCUCAGGCGCCUCCUUUGCCUUAUACACCUCCGACUCAGACCGAUUCAUUACCUGUCCGACCUCGCUCAUGCGCUCCGUCGCCGUGUUAUAUUCCUCGGAAGAGCUCCCUACACCUAAACCUCGUGCAGAGCACGCUGUGGCAGCAGACGAGGAAGUACCUCCUGUUCCUGCUAUUCCUAAGGCCUACGAGUCUCCAAAAGGGGAGCCCGAGCAACCAAAUUAUAGAGCACCUCUCAAAUCGCACAUUCCGGUGGAUAUUGCUGCUUUGAAAGGCAAGUCGGACACGGAGUCGGACACAAACCCUGCAGCUAGUGCAACUGAAGACGAUACAAUGGAUCUACGUACCAAACAAGCGUUGAAGACUCCAGAAGCCAAGCACAAACCAACCGCUAGCUUAGGCAAAAGGAACCUUCAGCCACUGAAAUUGCCGCCAUUGAAUUUGUUACCUUUGGGUACACCAAUGACUAACAAGAUUCAAGCCAUGAAAGACCGCGAGGACGAUGCGAAAUCACAUACGCCAACGGGUCAGGUUGUCGCGAAGACUCCAAGUACCCCUCUUACUGCCUCGAAAGCUAACUUCUUCGCUGUCGAAGACGACGCUGUACCACGUACACAAGCGAGGAGCAGCACUGCACAUUUUGUUGUGACGAGCAGCUCCAGCGCAUUGGCAUCUUUCGAAAAUACUCCAGGUGGGGCAAGGACAAACUCGCCUUAUGUUUCGUACUCGCUUCCGAAGAGCAAUAGUGAUGUCAAUAAUCUCCGCCAAAAGGCUAGUGCGGAUCACUCUUCCAGGGUGUCACAGUCUCACAAGUUGACGGGUCCACGCCCUCAAACCCAAUCAUCUGCUUUCUCUUCCAAUGCAGAGACGAUCAGCCAAAUUUCUACCCCCUCUGAUCCUGACAACAACAGCACUUCUGGGUCCUCUCUCAGAAACAAGAUCACAAUAACCCGCCACAGGAGCAAUUCCCGGCCUCAACAGAUAACGGACGCAAACACUGACCCCACUAAGCUCGAGCCCAUGCCGCCACCUAAGCUUCCGGCGUCUGCAACCUGGAAUAAUCUAUCAACGGCGAAGAAUACAAGUCCCACGCUGAAACCCAGCUAUUUCAAGUCAAAGCGACAGGUCUCUGUGUCCAACGCAGCAGAUUCGCCAAUACGGAAACCCAGUUUCAGCAGCGAACAGAGUCUUGCUUUGGAGCACAGCAUCUCUAACGAGUCGCGUCAUAGUGAUGUCUCAUCCCACCGUUCUGCAUCAUCAAUCCUCUCCCCUGUACACAGGAUCCUCAACUCUGCGAAGUCAAAUGCUGCCGCUAACUCCGCUUCUUCCGAUCCGAACAUCGACCCCGAUAUUCAGGUUGCGGACGAUGAGAUGCGGAAACUUAAUGGCAGACGAAAGGAUUUCGAAAGCGCGGCGAAAGAGUUAGAUGAACUGCGCCGCAAAGCUGGGCCGAAGGAGCGUGUCAGUCCAGCUCAGGCUCUCAAAAUGGCGAAUCUCAAUAUCUUUGAGCGUGGUGAAAUUAUUGACUUCAAAGAUAUCUUUUUCUGCGGAACUCAACAUGCAAAGAAACAUGUCGGUGAUUUGAAUGCACAGGCCGCUAAUUUUGGCUACGAUGAUGAUCGGGGUGAUUACAAUAUUGUCAUUGGGGAUCAUUUAGCCUACCGAUACGAAGUCAUCGACGUUUUGGGUAAGGGAAGCUUUGGUCAAGUUUUGAGAUGUGUUGAUCACAAAACGGGCGGGUUAGUUGCUGUAAAAAUCAUCCGCAACAAGAAGAGAUUCCACCAGCAAGCCUUAAUUGAGGUUAAUCUGCUUCAAAAGCUCAAGGAGUGGGAUCCUCAUCGUCGGCACAGCGUUGUCAAUUUCACACAAAGCUUCUACUUCAGGGGUCACCUCUGCAUAUCUACGGAGCUACUCGGGAUGAAUUUAUAUGAGUUCAUCAAAGCACACGACUUUAAAGGCUUCUCUGUCAAGCUCAUUCGCCGUUUUACGAAACAGAUUUUGAGUACAUUGGUCCUUCUCCACACGAAGAAAGUCAUCCACUGCGAUCUCAAGCCGGAGAACAUUCUUCUUGUACACCCAAUGAGUUCCGAGAUCAGAGUGAUCGACUUUGGCUCUAGCUGUUUUGAGAACGAGAAGGUGUACACCUAUAUCCAGAGUCGCUUUUAUCGCUCACCAGAAGUCAUUCUUGGCAUGUCAUACGGCAUGCCCAUUGACAUGUGGAGUCUGGGAUGUAUUCUAGCUGAGCUGUACACGGGAUAUCCCAUCUUCCCGGGAGAGAAUGAACAAGAGCAACUCGCCUGUAUCAUGGAGGUUUUUGGCCCUCCAGAAAAACACUUGAUUGAGAAGAGUACACGGAAGAAGCUCUUUUUUGAUUCCUUGGGCAAACCGAGAUUAACGGUCUCCUCAAAAGGUCGACGUCGGCGUCCAAGUUCGAAGGAGCUCAGGCAGGUCCUGAAAUGCGAUGACGAGGCUUUCCUCGACUUCAUCUCCCGCUGCCUUCGUUGGGACCCGUCUCGCCGUCUUAGCCCGCACGAUGCUCUCAGACAUGAAUUCCUAACAGGGCUCAAAAUGCCCUCCCGGCCCAGAACAUAUACAGCGAGCUUGAAUUCCCCAGCCAAGCGAGGGAAUACUCUAUCAACCCCGUCGUCAGGUCGCCCUCUUCCAGAACCACCUGGCACGACUCUCAAGCAUGGCACCUUUCUCCGUAGCCGAGAUGUCUCAGGUAGCUCUCCCGUCAAGCCGAUCGCCGGAAAGCGCCACUCAACUGUGAGUGGUGUACAACCAUCCACCCCAAAGCGAAGUACAACUACUUCUACAACGACUCCUGGGUCAGCAUUGCCUCGCGUUGCUGGUAGGAGCAUCAGUGGAAAACCAGACCUUGCAACAGCGGCGGCAGCGACCAGCCUGGUGAGUUAA